ACAUUGGGAUGGGAGAGGACUGGGAACUCUAUUGAUUCAAAAAAAGCAGAGGACGUACUUGAGAAUCUGCAACCUUCCAAAACCUUAAAGGAGUUGUCAAUCUUUAACCAUGGUGAGAAUAAAUUUCCAAACUGGUUGCAACAAACUUCAAUUUGGAAUAUGGUGUCGUUAGAGUUGGACAAAUGUAAAUCUUGCCAAAGUUUACCUCCGCUUGGUCUUUUGCCAUUCCUCAAGAAGCUGGUGAUUUCAGGGUUUGAUCAGAUAGUGAAUGUUGAUGCUGAUUUUCAUGGGAAGAACUCUUCUUCGUUUAAAUCUCUUGAAACAUUGUAUUUCUCCGAUAUGAGACAAUGGGAAAAAUGGGAAUGUAAAGUUGUGACAGGUGCUUAUCCAUGUCUACAACAUCUUUCUAUAAGCUUUUGUCCCAAACUAAAAGGACAAUUGCCAGAGCAACUUGUUCCUUUGGAAACACUACACAUUACAAACUGCGAACAACUUGAGGCUUUCGCUCCAAGGGCUCUAGAUUUAGAACUACGUAACUGUGGAAAGCUACAAUUGGAUUCGGCCAUGAAAAGGCUCGUAAUGGGUGGGCACAACACGGAAGCAUCCUUGCUGGAAAUGGUUGGAUCUAACACUCUUGAGCACUUGGACAUUUCUUCAUCCCUGGAGUCCAUGAGUGAUGACUGUGUCUUUGUAAGGACCAUUUCACUAGAUUUCUUUCCAAUACUCAGGACCCUUAAUCUUAGAGGGUUUGGUAAUCUACAGAAGGUUUUACAGGAUCACGCUCAUUAUCAUCUCCAGGAUCUGACAAUCAAAAAAUGUCCUAAAUUUGAAUCAUUAUCUGGAAUCAUGCAUAUGUUGUCUCUCAAAUCACUAUGGAUAGAAGAUUGUCCGAGACUUGUGUCGUUUCCUGAUGGAGGUUUGCCAUCAAAUCUAAAUGACAUGAGACUGAGUAAUUGUUCUAGACUUGUUUGCUCACUGAAAGGAGCUUUCGGAGACCGUUCUUCUUUGGAAAGCUUGUGGAUUGAAGGAAUGGAUGCAGAAUGUUUUCCUGGUGAAGGCUUGCUUCCACUCUCUCUUACUUCUUUAACAAUAUGUGAUUGUCCAAAUCUAGAAAAGUUAGAUUAUAAAGGUCUUUAUCAACUCUCAUCUCUCAGAAGACUGACUCUUGUUAGCUGCCCUAACCUCCAAUGCUUACCAGAGGAAGGUCUUCCAAGAUCAAUUUCAUAUCUUUGUAUAGGCGAUUGUCCUUUGCUCGAACAGCGUUGCCAGACAGAAGGAGGGGAAGAUUGGGAAAAGAUUGCUCACAUUCAAAAUCUGAAUAUAUUGUAAUGUUGUUUGUUUUGAAUAGUGAUGCAUUUGGUCGGCUACAAUUUAUUUAAGAUCAUGAAAUGGCAAAUUGUAA